UCGUGUAUAUAAUCCAAGACAAAGUGCAAUAUUUUCAUCCUUCAUCACUGCAAAUUUGGUGAGUUUCGUUUGUUUACAUGGAGAAUCGUUGAUGUAAUUUAAUAUGAAUUCCAGCAACCGCGUCUUUUAUCAUCACUGAGUUGUGAGACGUCAUAGCUGUAAAAGAAAGAGGAAGGCAUUACGCCAGCAGUGCAUCUUUCCUGCCUCCUUUUCCCUGGUUGGCAAUGGUUAUCGAUCAUGAAAUUAGUAGUUUCCAGUAGAAGAGUGUGUAAAUAAGUGAUUGAAGUUGGAAAAGUGAGUGAAUUCGAGCUGGAACAUGUCUGUGCACGAGUUGUACGUGAAGGGCGCACGUGUCUGGGUGCCGAAUGCGGGCAGCGUGUGGGAAGGAGCGACGCUCCUGCAGGACUUCCAGCGUGGCAACGAUCGUGUGCAUCUGAAGGCGGACGCGGACAGUGCAAAGCGCGAGGUGGUCAUAAAGAGCGAGAAGGAUCUGCCGCCGCUCAGGAAUCCGCCCAUCCUCAUUGGCCAGAAUGAUCUCACGGCGCUGUCUUACCUGCACGAGCCGGACGUGCUGUACAACCUGCAGGUGCGCUUCUGCGAGCGCCAGAAGAUCUACACGUACUGCGGCAUCAUCCUCGUGGCCAUCAAUCCGUACCAGGAGAUGGCCCUGUACGGUCAGGACCUCAUCCAGGCGUACCGCGGCCACUCCAUGGGCGAGCUGGAGCCCCACAUCUUUGCCAUCGGCGAGGAGGCCUAUACGAAAUUGGAACGUGAGAACUGCAAUCAGAGCAUAAUAGUCAGCGGCGAAUCUGGCGCGGGAAAGACUGUGUCCGCGAAGUACGCCAUGCGGUACUUCGCCGCCGUGGGCGGAAGCGCCUCCGAGACGCAGGUGGAGCGCAAGGUCCUCGCCAGCAGCCCAAUCAUGGAGGCCAUUGGAAAUGCCAAAACAACGAGGAAUGAUAAUAGCUCGCGAUUCGGGAAGUUCACAAAGCUCCUCUUCACCAACGACAUCAGCGGCAGGUCCUUGAUGGGCGCCACGAUGCAGACGUAUUUGCUGGAGAAGUCGAGAGUGGUUUUCCAGGCUGCCGGCGAAAGGAAUUACCACAUAUUCUACCAAUUGUGCGCCGCGCGGGAGAAUUGGCCAGAACUGAUGCUGGACCAUCAGAACAAGUUUAAUUACCUCAAUCAAGGGCGUUCGCCAGAUAUCGCCAAAGUGUCGGAUUUCAGUCAGUUUUCCGAGACUGUCACUGCUCUACACACUCUCGGUUUCCGGAAGGACGAAGUGACGGACGUGAUGAAGAUUCUGGCGGGAAUUCUGCAUCUGGGCAACGUGAAGUUCCUGCCCAAGUGCUUACCAGACAGCCAAGAGGUGGACAACGAAGCGUGCGUCAUUGCCGAAGAUGAUCUCCACUUGGGAAUUCUCAGUGAACUUCUGCAGCUGAAUUAUAUGCAACUACGAAAGUGGCUGACGACCAGGCAAAUUGAGUCGGUGAACGAAUUCGUGGAGAUUCCAAUGCAUCAAGAGGCGGCGGAAGCGGCGCGAGAUGCACUGGCGAAGCACAUCUAUGCCAAGCUCUUCCUGUACAUUGUGGAAGGAAUCAACAGGAGUCUGGUGAGUGAGGCGAAAGAGCACAGCUUCAUCGGUGUGCUGGACAUUUACGGUUUCGAGACGUUCGAUGUGAACUCCUUCGAGCAAUUCUGCAUCAAUUAUGCCAACGAGAAACUGCAGCAGCAGUUCAAUCAACACGUGUUCAAGUUGGAACAAGAGGAGUAUCUCAAGGAGGGGAUCACGUGGGAGAUGAUUGACUUCUAUGACAAUCAGCCGUGCAUUGAUCUGAUCGAGACGAAGCUCGGCGUGCUGGAUUUGCUGGACGAGGAGUGUAGAAUGCCACGUGGCAGUGACGAAUCGUGGGUGGGGAAGCUGAUUGAGAAGUGCGCCAAGUUCAAGCACUUCGAGAAGACACGCUUCGGAUGCACGGGAUUCGUGGUGAAGCACUUCUCGGAUCGCGUGGAGUACACAGCUCAUGGAUUCCUGGAGAAGAAUCGUGACACGGUGUCCAAGCAGCUGGUGAAUGUGUUCUGGGAGUCGAAGAUGGACAUUUGCAAUCAAGUGAUGAAUCAGGAUGACAGCUCAGGGGAAAAGGAACAGUCGCGAGAGGGAACGAGAGUCGUUGUCAGCACCUAUCAAGUGCCACAAACAAGAAGCAACAGGAAGAAACUUACAUCUACAAAGCAGCACAAGCAGACAGUCGGUUCGCAGUUCCGGGAGAGUUUGGGGCUCCUUAUCAAGACUCUUCAUUCCACGACUCCGCAUUACGUGCGAUGCAUUAAACCUAAUGAGGACAAGAAGGCCUUCAAUUGGGAACCGACGAAGAUCGUGCAGCAGCUUCGUGCAUGCGGUGUUCUCGAGACUGUUCGCAUCUCCGCGGCUGGUUUUCCCUCGCGCUGGACGUACGAGGACUUCUACGCUCGUUAUCGUUUGUUGUGCAAGCGAGCGGCUCUCUUGGACUGGAACAUCAACGCCACGUGCAAGAAUAUCGUGAGGACGUGGAUUGAGGAUCAGGACCAGUACAGAUAUGGGAACACGCAGAUCUUCUUCCGGGCUGGACAGGUGGCUUUCCUCGAGCAGACGCGUUCGGAUGUGCGCAAGAAGUACAUUAUCAGAGUGCAGGCAUUCGUACGACGCUUCAUCUAUCGCAAGCGCUACUUGAAGAUCAAGAGAUCAGUGCUGCUUAUCCAGACGUACGGACGCGGACAUUUGGCACGCGUCAAGGCGCAAAGUAUUCGACGGGAGAGGGCAGCCAUCAUGCUGCAGCGAAACAUCCGCGGAUGGAUGUGCAGGAAGAGAUUUUCGCGCAUACGAUGCGUGGCUCUGGGCUUGCAGAAGUACGCCAGAGGAUUCCUGGCGAGACAGCGCUUCAGAGUCAUGCUGGAUGACUUCAAGGCUACCGAAGUGCAGCGAUAUUGCCGUGGUUUCCUGGCCAGGUCGGCGUUUGAGCGCAAGAAGCGGCAAAUUGUACUGUGUCAGGCGAUGGUGAGGAGAUUCCUGGCCAGGCGGCUAUACAAGAAGAUGAAGGCGGAGGCGAGGACAGUGGCGCACAUUCAGAUGCGCUACAAGGGAUUGGAAAACAAGAUCAUCUCGAUGCAACAGCGAAUGGAUGAGAUUAAUAAGGAAAAUGUGGCGCUGAAGACGAAGGUACAAGAGAUUCCGGAGUUGAAGCAGCGCGUGGAGGUGGUGAAGGGAAUGGAGGGUGAGAUUAAGGCGUUGAGAGCGGCUCUGGCGGAACGUGAGAGUGUGUUGGUGGAAACAAAGAGGCAGCUGGACCAGGAGCGCGACGAGAAGAUGGCAAUUGUGGAGGAGAAAGCCGCCGAGGAGGCGAAGUGGACUGAACAGAAGACGGCUUGGCGGCGGGAGAAUGAGGAGUUGAAACAGCAAGUGGAGGAGAUGGUGGAGAUGGCCAGGCGAGAUGAUUCCUCGAUGAACAGGGCGCGUCUGCUGUCUGAGGUGGAUACGAAUGAGGUGCAUCAGGCUUAUCAGAAGACGGUGAAGGACAAAGACACGCUCGAGGCUGAGAAUUCUAUGCUGAAGGAGGAGAUCAAUCGACUGCAGCGCCUGGUGGAGAAUCCCAACUUCUACCGCUCGCAUUCACGCUCCGUGAGCAAUGCCUCGAGUCAGAAUGAGGAGGACUUUGGCUACAUGUCCGGCAGGAAUACGCUGGAGAUCAAGAAGGACUGCACAUCGACGCCGAAGCGAGAUGUGCGCCACAUUGAGACAGCCACGACGCCGACUGCCGGGAACUCGCCAACGGCGCUCAUUCUGCGGCUCAGGAAGUUGCUGGAGGAGGAGAAGCGCAAGGGAGAAGUGCUGCAGCAGCGCGUUGCGAGGAUUGAGAGCAAGAGCAGCAAGGUGCCAGCCACCACGGAGGAUUCCAUCAAAAUAUCCGAGCUGGAGAUGGAGAAUGACAAACUGCGGCAGGAUUAUCAGCUGCUGCGGAAUAGCAUCGAGCGCGGCGUGGAGGAAAAGGAGCUGGAGGCGCACUAUGAGGCGCUACAGGAGGAGCUGAAGCGUCGACGGGACGAGUGUGUGCAGCUGAAGGUGGUUCUGGCGGAGCAGAGUCAGUCGCUGCGGAGUCUCGGCGGCACGACGAUGAAGAAUGGGUCGGAGCGAGUGCAUGAUGGGAGUGAGCUGCUGGAGGCGUUCCAGGCGCAGAAGCUGGUCAAUCGCCAGCUGGAGUCUGAGCUGACGGCGCUCACGGAGGAGAAUAACGCGAAGUUGGCAGAGUUGAGUCACCAGAAUGACGAUCUGCGCAGCGAGAAGAACAAGCUGCAGGCGAUUGUGGAGGAAGCGCUGGCCGGCGGCGAUGCCACGAAUGCGCAGACCGUGGUGUUCCUGAAGCAUGAGCUGGAGAAGACUGUGGUGGAUUAUGUGGAGCAGAAGGAGAUAGUGAAUGAGCUGAGCAAGAAGGUGGCGGAAUUGAUGAGGAUCAACGGGAUUCUGAGUGCGAGGCUGAGAGAGAAUGAUAUCAGCGAUGCUCUGGAUCUGGCCGAGGAGACGACGGAGAAUCUGGUGUCGGUCCGCCGGAAGGCCCAAGUGUACCAGGGCAUCUUCAAGUAUCGUCCGGAGGACGAGGGGAAGAUCAUUCAGCGGCUCACGACGGAUCUAAAGCCACGAACAGCCAUCACUUUGCUGCCCGGCUUGCCGGCCUACAUCAUCCUCAUGUGCAUCCGGUACACGGAUCUGAUGAACAAGGAUCAGCACGUGCGCACGCUCCUGGCGAACACGGUGCUAACGGUGAAGAAGCUGUAUCGCAAUCCGAAUCCCACAGACACGCGCGUGCUGUGGCUCAUGAACAUGCUGAAGCUGUUCAAUCUGCUGAAGCAGUACGGUGGCAUCGAUGAGUACAUCCGGCUGAACACGGACACGCAGAAUCAGCAGCAGCUGAAGAACUUCGACCUUUCGGAGUACCGUAAGGUGAUCUAUGAGACGAUCAUCGUCAUCUACCAGCACUUGGUGCGGCAAAUCCAGGAGCUGAUGAAGCCUUCCGUUGUGCCGGCGAUUCUGCUACACGACGAAAUGGCGCUGGGCAAGAGCAAUCGCUCGCGCACUGCUUCACUGGAGCUGGCGUCGCCGCCUGGCCAGGGUGGCAAGUCGUUCGUGGAGCAGCUGGUGGAGCAACUGGAGCAGUACUACAAGCAGUUCGACUUCUUCGGUCUGGAGCUGUGCUAUAUCGAGCAGGUGCUGAAGCAGCUGAUGUACUACAUCAACGCCGUGGCGCUCAACAAUCUGAUGCUGCGCCAGGAGCUGUGCACCUGGGCGACGGGCAUGAAGAUGCGCUACAACGUGGGCUGCAUCGAGACGUGGGUGCGCGAGAAGAAGCUACCCAAGGACAUUCUGGCGCCACUGAAGCCACUCAUCCAAGUCACGGCGCUGCUGCAGAGUCGCAAGUUCGAGGAGGACGUGGAGACGAUUUACGAUCUCUGUCCCUGUCUCACGUCCGCGCAGGUGCUGAAGAUCAUCAAGUCCUACACGGCGGACGAUCUGGAGAAUCCCGUGACGCCCGUGUUCAUUGAGAAACUAACCGAGAAGCUGCACAAAAGGGAGAAGAAUUCUGAAGAGAACACGACAUUCACAACGGACGAGAAUUUCAUCUAUCCACUCGUUGUGGGCUACAUUCAUAGCGACAUCAGGCUGGAAGAGAUUGAAUUGCCUCCCAUUCUCAACAUGGACAGUCUACUGACCAAGAUAUAAUGUGUCGCAAAGGUUAAUUUAGAUAUUUCCCAAUUUUGAAACACGGGCACUUUCUUUGCUGACAAAACAGUAUACAAAACUAAAAGAAUAAUGUACUUAGGAACCUAAACAUUCCAAUCAUGCUUUAAAAGAGUGUCUGAAUAAGCCUGAACUUUCCUUAAAUAUAUUCAAUAAUCUAUUGUGUAGUUGGAGUUGAGAUUGAUGUACAAUACAAGAUAUUGCAGUUGGCAAUUAAGUUGGGAAAAGGCGAAAUGAUAGAGAAUAUAUUGUAUUUACCUUUUAGAAGAA